AAUCCUUUUUUAAAAUAUGUCUCAAAAGUUCAAAGUGAGAAAGCUCAGAGAAUAAAAGCCAGAAGAUCUCCUAAAGGAUUUAGAAAAACUCAAGGGAGAGCUCAUUUAAUUGAGAACAGUUAAAGUUUCAGCAGGUAAUGCUUAAAAACUUGGCAGAAUCGGAGUAAGAUCAUAAUUAAUAUAAUUCAGCUUGUGAGAAAGAGAAUUGCAAAAUAUUUAACAGUCAUCAAUGAAUAAAGAAGAAAUUAGGUUAAAUCAACAACAAAGCAUGCUUCAAAUCUUCCAGUCGAUCUAAGAGGAAAGAAAACCAGAGCAAUCAGAUAAAGAUUAACUAGAAGUGAGAAAGGUAAUGUUUAGCUCCAUAUAUUUCUAGCUCAAAAGACACUGAGAUAAUGGAAAAAAUAAAAUAAUUUCCCUUUGAGAAAGUUUGCUUUAAAGGAAUGAUUCAAUUAUAUUUUUAAUAGUACAUUAUUCAAUGCAGGAAAAAAUAUUUUAAU